AUGCAUUUCUCGAAAACCCUCAUCACACUGACCAGCCUGCUGGCAACUCUGGCACAAUCGACGCAAAUAUGUCCACUGCUAGGACAGCAAUGGCCAGCACCAUCCAACAUAGCCAAUGAGUCCGACUUCAUCUCUGCCGCCCGCUCGAUCGACGAUGACUUGAACGCCAGUGCCCUGAACGGGACCGCUUUCAAUGGCACUAGCUUUUCCAUCGGCCUGUUCAGUGUUACGGAUCCGGAUAUCAUCUAUCAAUAUCACCAUACAGAUGACUCCGUGAAGAACAGCAAAGAUGGCGUCGGACAGGUAGACAGCCGUUCCGUCUAUCGUGUCGGGUCGAUAUCGAAGCUGCUGACGGUGUAUCUCUUCCUCGUUCGCGAGGGCUGGCAUAAGCUGUGCGCUCCCGUCACGGACUACCUCCCAGCGCUGCAAAAGGUCAAUGUCACCACCUCGGAUCUGGAUGUUGUCGUACCGCACUGGAGUGAGAUUACGAUUGGCGAGUUGGCGAGUCAUUUGGGUGGUGUGGCGGGUGAUUAUGGUCAAUCGCUGGAUCUUUACAACCUUCUGCCUGGCGCUUUCCCUCCUCUUUCACCGGCGGACACCACGACUUGCCAGAUCAUAAGUGCCAAUGGAUCUGUCGCGACAUGCACCGAAGAGGAGUACUUCCAAGCGGCCUCUCAGCAGCAGCCAGUAUUGGAGUCCAGCUAUAGCCCACUGUACAGCAACAAUGGUUUUGCCAUGCUCGGGCUCGCACUGUCUCGAUCGGGAAACAAGUCCAUCUCGGACCUAUUCGAGAGGAGUAUUGCUCAGCCUCUCAACCUGUCCUCAACAACCGCCGUCAACCCGAGCAAUGCGUCGGACGGCGUGAUCCCAGGCGGACUGAUCUUGAGCGGGUGGGACAACGAUCUUGGACCAUCUGGGUCGGCCGGAGGAUACUUCUCGACCACAGAGGAUAUGGCCAGGCUUGGUCGCUCGAUCUUGAACAGCACCUUGCUCCCCAAUGUCACCACCCGACGAUGGUUCAAGACACAGAGCUUUCUGGAAAGCUUCUCGCAAGGCUUGGGCAUGCCGUGGGAGAUUUUCCGGGCGAAAGUGGAUGGGCAUUCCAUGGAGGUUUUCACGAAAGGUGGCGAUUGGGGCGUGUACCACGCCAUGAUCGUGCUGGUCCCAGAGCUCGAAUUCGGCUUCUCCAUCCUCACGGCAACCACGAAGGGAGUCAAGGUCGAUGUGAGGCGAGAUCUGACUGAUCUGCUGUCCAACACCUUCACUACUGCCAUCUCCAAGGUCGCAAAGCAGCAAACCGCGCGGAGAUUCGCCGGAAAGUACAUGGCCAAGACUCUCAACUCAUCUCUCACGCUCCGCACCGACGAUCUCCCAGGAUUGAAAGUAACCAGCCUCAUCAGCAACAGCACAGACUUGAAGAGCGUCCUCGAUCUUGCUCUCGGGAACGACACUCGACUGAUUCCCAACAACCUGUACGACAAAUUGAGCGGCAAGGUCGGCUUCUCGGGCGUGACUCAGAGUCCGACGAAUGAGACUGAAGCCGACGCCGAUGUCUCCAAAUUUGUGACGGGAGAUUGUCUUGGCUGGUUCACGGGGUCGAGGUUGACGUAUGGCAAUGUUGGGUUGGAGCAGUUUGUUUUUGCGGUGGAUGGCAGUGGUAAUGCUACGAGUGUUUGGAGUAAAGGGCUGAGAGUUGAGAUGAAGAAGGUGAAGGGCUGA